AAGAAGCAACAAAUUCUUGGCACACGGGAAGUGUUUAUACUCUGAAAUAGCUUCACGAAUUGAGGAUAACAUCGCAGAUAUCUCUUCAUAAACGCCAAAUGGCUGAAGCAUACCAUAAAGAAGCCUUACGAAAGCAAAGAAUCAUCGACAAAAAGAAUGCAGCAUUAGCAAGAAUUGCCGUUCGACAGCAACUGGAAGAUGACAGAAGAAGGUCUGAAGAACAAAGACACCGACAUGAAAUGGCUGAGAGGGAGCAUGAAAAGGCAAGGAAGAGAGAGGAAUACUUAAGCAGUAUGGGCAGAACUGGCAGGAGUACACAGGGAGUGAUCAAUGCCAAUUUUGUCCACAUGCCUGAAGAAAAGAAGAAUAAAAUUUGCCAGAAAGAUCUACGUCACCAGGAAAGAGUAUUGCGUGACAGUUGCCUUGUGAUGGGUAGAGUGAAUGAGUAUUUUCUAGCAUGACAAAAACUGGUUGCUCACAGCAUACAUGACUAAACUGAAAUAACAUGUUUUACUCUUGAUUAGCUGUGUUACAGUUUGGGCCCUGGAUGUUUUCCAUCUAUGUCAGCAUUCAUCAUCCUUGAAUUUUCUGUUUGUUAUUGUUUUUGUCUGUGUGGUAAUUUGGGCAUCUCACCCCUUAAUCUUUUUUGGAUGAAGCAAAUAUUUAGCACGUAAAAAAAGAUUCCAAUUACUGUGACAUUUCAAAUCUGGUAACUUUUAUCCUCACAAGAUAGGAAAUUGUAAGAUUUUUGUCUUUCUGUGGCAAAUAAUUAUGACAAGUUCAGAUUGUAAAAAGUAAUUUUGAAACCUUGUUAUCACAAUGUGCAAUUUUGUUUACACAUAAUUUGAUACCAAAAUUAUCUCAUCACUUUAUUGUCAGAAUAAGCAGGAAAUGUCCAAAGUACAAUCCAUCUAACACUUCAGAGAAACUCACAUUUCAGGUCGAAGGUUAUAGAGCUGAUCAUGUACAAUAUCCCACCCUUAAAAAUUCUUGACUCAAAACAAACCCUUCAAAGGAUAAUUAAGCAAUUCAAGGUUUAGUGAGAGUUCGGUGAGUUCUGAAAAUCUAUAGUGAUUUUAAAUACUCGUGUAGCUGUACAUUUGUCAGAUAGUGGUGCACAGAUAUGAUAUCCUUCUUGCAUGCAUGCAUCAAGGUAUUGUAUGUAAGACCAAUGUGACUAAUGCAGGAUAUAGCCUUUGACCUGUGUGCAAAUAAAACAUU